UCUUACAGUUAGAUUUUGUAAGUGGUGCAUGUACCGAGUUUUUACAAAAACAACUGGAUGCAUCGAAUUGUCUUAGUAUCAGACGGUUUGCUGACUUACAUAACUGUACGGAAUUGUUAUCAAGUUCUGAAACGUUCAUUAAAAAACAUUUUUUAGACGUGGUUAAAAGUGUUGAUUUUCUAUCUUUAUCUUCUGAAGAUGUGGUUAAGAUGAUCUCCUGUAAUGACCUUGCCGUUCCAUUAGAAGAAAAUGUAUUUGAAUGUGUAAUUAAAUGGGUAAAACAUGAUUUGGAUCAGAGAAAAGAUUUUUUGCCAGAAUUAAUGGAACAUGUACGUUUGUCAUUAUUAGCAUCAAGGCCUGAUGUAUUAAAUAUUGUAGUCGAAGAACCUCUUCUAAAGAAUAGUCCUAAAUGUAAAGAUUAUGUGUUUGAAGCAUUACGAUUUAAUCUACUUAAGUCGGUUCAGUAUUUCACGAUUCCAAAAACAAUUCGGUGUAAACCUAGACAUUUUGGUGAUUCUCAAAAAGUUAUUCUAAUGUUCAACCGGUCUGAUACAUCGCCAAAGUGUUAUACAGAAUGGUAUGACCCAGCAACCAAGCUAAGGAACAUUGCACCAGGGUUAAAUGAUUGUCGUAAGACAGCUGGCUCUUGCGUAAUAAGUGAUCAAUUUGUGUUUAUUAUGGGAGGUGUAAAUGAAUCAAGUUCAAAAUCUGUUAAUAUGCUUGACGUAUCUUCACAAUCGCCCUCUUGGGUUCCAAUGGUAGACAUGUUAGUUAGUCGAAAUCGGUUAGGAGUCGGAGUAUUAGGUGAUUUCAUAUAUGCUGUUGGUGGAGGUAAUUUCAAGAAUGCAGUAAAUAGUGUAGAGGUUUUCGAUGUCAGUAUUCAAAAAUGGACACUAGUGUCUAGUAUGUCAAUUAAGAGAUAUGAUUUGGGUGUUGGUGUACUCAAUAAUCGUUUAUACGCGGUUGGGGGUGCUGGUGAUGGUAAUAUUGUUAGAUCUGUGGAAUAUUAUGAUCCCGCACUUGACACAUGGACAACAGUUGCAGAAAUGUCUGGAAAUCGUAAAGGUGUUAGUGUAGGAGUCAUGGACGGCGUGAUGUAUGCUAUUGGUGGCUUUUGUGAUGGAAAGCAUCUUAAACGUGUUGAGGUCUAUAGACCAAGUGAUGGAGUUUGGUCGUCUGUUGCUGAUAUGAAUUUGUGCCGAAAUAGACCGGGAGUAUCCGUAUUAGAUGGUUUGUUGUAUGUUUUUGGUGGAGAAACAGAAUCUUCUUUUGUUGAUACUUUAGAAACUUACAACCCCAACACCAAUACUUGGACCUUGGAGAGAUUAUCAAGAAAUGAAGUACAAAUUUAUGGUGGAGUAGUUGUCAAUAGACCACCACAUUUUAUUAACUAAUCGGCAUACAUAAUGGUCUCAUUGUUGGUAGAAAUAUGAUCAUAUUUAUGUAUAAUUCAUGACGAAACAUAUAUUGUUCUAUUAAUUUUUGUUUUUGUUAAUGUAUGUUAAAAAUAUUGUUUUAUAAUUUAAAUUGAAGAUUUACAAAUUAUAGAAACAAGCUUUAAUGUUAAUUAUAUUACAGUGUAUUAGCAAAAACUUUUAUAAUUUACAUUAUACAUAAUAUCUUCACACAGAGAAAUGGGAUACUUUUUUUAAACUCUUUACUAUUUUUUUGACUAAUAAAGUUGAAGUUAACUG